AUGCCUGUGUAUCUAGUUACCGGUGUGGGACGCGGCCUAGGUUACGCAUUAAUGAAAAGACUGGCCCAAAGCCCAGAAAAUACCGUGCUUGGUCUUGCCAGAAACAAAGCUGCGGUUGAGAAGCGCAUGGAGUCAGAUGGAUUCAAUGCACUGAUCCUCGAAGCAGACAUAACAAAUCAACCGUCUUUAACUCGUGCGGUAGAGGGUGCCGCAAUUCCUUAA